AUGGCCUCCAACAACCCCAUUCACAACGCUGCCUCCGCCGCUGGCGAGAAGAAGGACACAAGUCCCUCCAAGCCUAGCAUCAUCUCAUCUGAGGGCGCCAUUGGCAAGCAAUUCAACCCCGAUGGUAACAUCGGCCAGAUUGGCGAGAAGAUUGGUGGUCCCUUGUCCAAGGACGGUGCCAUUGGAAGCCAAUUUAACGCCAGUAAGGGCGGCAUUGCGGGCACCGUCGAGAAGGCUGUGGAUGAUCCCAGGAACCCGGCGAAGAAGUAG